AUGAAUACUGGCGGAACAGCAGCACCAUUAUCGCCCUACAAGAAGCCUACCAUAGCCCCUAAACCAUCCUCAUUAAAGAGUCCACCACUACCGCAAAAGAAAAACCAUGGCUCCCCAAAGAAAGCAGUGCCUCCACUCCCGACGCCGAAGCCACGCAAACUGCAGACAACUCGGAGCACACCUGUUCCCUUGUCGCCUAAACCCCCCAUGGUCAAAGCAAAGAGUUUCCAGAGUCCAGGACAGAGGGAGAACAGUGAAGAUUCUGGUGUCUUUGACUUGAGGGACAGCGCCGAGUUUUCAAAAGUGACUGAAGUGAUCGACGUCAAGGAGCCCAUCUCGGAGGAGUCGACGAUCAAAGAUGAGGCUAAAAAUAAUCUCUGCAUUGAGGAAGAAAGCAGAGUGCCACCUGCAGAUGCUGCACCGGCAGCUAAUGCCGUGUCGUCCAGUCUAAGGGUUUCCCCACCAAAGCCUCUCCCACGAAGGGCCCCGCCCAGUCCAGUGCCUCCCCCGAGGCGUGCCAGGAGUGUCGUCGAUCCACCAAGCCUCAACAGGGAAUUGAAACCAAAACUGACUAAAUCUACAGAUGAUCUGACAAGCUGUGCUGUUGAAGAGAAGGAUGAACCACCAAGCAAUGACUUCAAUCAUUCCACUGACAGUCUUUCCGACCAAGCAGAUGUCCAAGUCAACAUAACAGGCCCUCCUCAGACUGAAACAGACAGCUUGAACACUGACAGAGACCCUAGUCCACCUCCUAUACCACCUCACAAACAAAGCAACUCUCCUAGAAAGUUACCGCUGGGCAAUUUUGAAGCAAAGCCAUCGAGGCCCCCACCUCCCACAAGACCUGCCCCCUCUGCCCCUCCCAUCAGGCCAAAGCCAACGGGUAGAAAGAUUCAAUCUCAGUUAAUCCCAGAAUCUCAUUCUGUGCUUCAGAUGAGGAAGGAGAGCCUGAUGAGUGAUGGGUCUCGUGAGUCAUCACCAACGAUUCCGCCUCGGACGCGGAGAAGUCUCAGUCUCACCGUUGAGGAGGUGCUACGUUCGAAUCAUAUUGAGAAGUCCUUCAGCUUUGAUGAGACGAUGAGUGAAAGGGACAUCACUGGUCUUGAACGAAACACAAAUUCAAACUCUGAAGUGUCGCAGAUAGUAGACGAGGGGGAACAUCGUGCAGCCCCUCCCCGUAAAAGAUGGUCUCAACAUUCUCAUAGUGCUACCUCUGCGAUCCCUUACCACAAAGUGCAAUGCUCAUCCCCUUUCAGUUCAACAAAUGAUCUCUCCAUAUUAUCAUCCGACUCUUCAGGCAUCAUUGGUUAUCAUUCCGUGGCCCCACCGCGGCCGUCACAAGGCCCACCGAAGCGUACACCGCCUCCCCCACCCGCACCCUAUGCCACCACCAAAGCAUCUCGCUCAACACCAAGCAGCGCUGAGAAACGAACCCCUCCUCCCCGGCCGCCACCCAUGCGAAGUGCCCUCCCGCCCAAACCAGCCACUCUUGUCCAGAGUGUAUCGCAAGAGGACAGCAUCAACUCGCAAGGGAUGAUGUGCAAGAAUCAUCGAGAGCUUUCUCAUGUGCAAUCAGACGUUGGCUGCAGCAGGAACAGCAUGAUGAGUGAAGACGACGAGUACGUCCUGCCCGAUAGUCCGUACUACGAGAACAAUGAAUUCACGACUGUCUUCGACCCGCUGUCGCCAGCCCAGACCUCUGAGUCGGCCACGAAGAGGCCGGUCCCAGGUCGGAAGAGAGCCCCUCCUCCGAAGCCGAGUAGGACCCUUAGCAUCCUGUCGGACAUCUCUAACGACGGCUAUGAGGACAUGUCCAGGGGCUCUCUGGCCUCUGUGGCGCUGAGCUCUAUCGGAGCUGAAGUCUACUCAGUCCCAAGAUCAUGUGAGCACAGCAUGCAUGAGAGUGGGAGGUGCCAGUGCGCCGACUACGCCGAACAGAGCAGCGGAGAAGAGGAGGGAUCGAUCUCGGACGAUGAUGAAGACAGUUAUGAGAAGUUUGAUCAGGACAUCCUUGUGGAGAAGGAAGACGAAGAGGAAGAGGAUGAUGUGGAGCCGGAGGUACGCAAGAGGCGCAAGGCCUUCCUGGUCGCUCAGGAGCUCAGGGACUCUGAGAAAGUCUUCGUUGACGUCCUCAAGCUUAUCAACAAGGAUUUUAAAGUGGCCAUAGAUGAUGCAGAGAAAGCUGCUGGUCGUCCCAUCAUCGAGAAAGGGACACUCGAUCAGAUCUUGGGUCACCUUCCCCAGCUACAGAUGUUUAAUGAGGACCUGCUGUCCGAUCUAGACUCUCGCAUCAAUAACUGGGCGGAGACACCUCACAUUGCAGACAUCUUCUUGAAGAAGGGUCCCUACCUUAAACUCUACAAUACUUACAUCAGAGACUUCCAGAAGCUGACUGCAGCCCUGGAGGAAGCCAGCGUUAAGUCGCCAUUGUUUCAGACAGCUCUGAAGGAGUUUGAGGCAAGUCCAAGAUGUCAGAAUCUGUCAGUGAGGCAACACAUGUUGAAGCCAAUACAGCGGAUCCCUCAGUACAAGCUGUUGUUAACCGAAUAUUUGAAGCAACUUGAUGAGGUUUCUCAAGAAGCAGACUACAAGGAUACCGAGGCUGCUCUGAACAUAGUGAGUGAGGUGGCAAACCACGUCAACGAAAGCAUGAAACAAGGGGAUAAUCUUGAUAAGCUUUUGCAGCUUCAGCAGGGUCUCGUCGGCAAUCACGAGAUCGUCAAACCAGGACGGGUUUUUAUCAAAGAGGGAGAUCUCCUGAAGUUGUCGCGCAAAGUUCCGCAGACACGCAGAUUUUACCUGUUGAGCGACAUCCUUCUGUACACCACACCAUUCUUACUGACUCCAGGCCAGUACAGCUACAAGCUUCACAAUGUCCUAUCACUAGCUGGUAUGAGGGUGAGUAAACCAGCCCAGGAAGAUUACAAGAAUGAGUUUAGCAUCAUCAGUGUUCAGCGUUCCUUCACCCUGGCUGCAAGCACACCACAAGAAAGGGACUCUUGGAUUACUGCGUUGAACAAAGCCAUCACAGACUACGCAAGCAAGAGAAGUUCCUUUGCCAUGCUUCAUCCGUACGCUCAGCUUCUGACUGAAGGGGACACAACAAGCCUUGGACGUAAAGCCCCAGCUUGGAUCCCUGAUGGUCGAGUCACCAUGUGCAUGAUCUGUACAUGUGAGUUCACUAUCACUUGGAGAAGGCAUCACUGCAGGGCAUGUGGAAAGGUGAUCUGCGGUCAUUGUUCAGCCAAUAAAAUUCCACUGCUGUAUCUCACCAACAAAGUUGCAAGAGUAUGUGACCAGUGCUUCAAAAAUCUUGGCAAAGGAGAUAAGCAAGGAGAAGAAAGCGAAGACAAAGAUCGUGGGAAGGGGAAGAGUAAAAGGAAACGCUCAACGAGGCUAGUUAUCCGACCCUCGGCACUUAAACAAGUGAGCGCCAAUGAGCAAGACACCACCAUGAGCGGCUACUUGAUGCUAAGACGAAAGAAAGACUGGAAGAGGCAGUGGUAUGUGCUCAAGGAGAAGGUUCUGUACCGGUAUAAGGCUAGCGAGGAUGUAGCCGCUCUAGAGAGCAUGCCACUCCUUGGCUACGAUGUCACAAACCCAACUGAGCCCUUUGAUGGAGUGGAUCCCAGUCUUAUUCUUCAGCUUUCCCAUCAACUAAAAGUCAUGUUCAUCCUUCGAGCCGAAAACAAAGCAGUAGCUGAGAAGUGGUCAGAUCUGAUGGUAGAUGCAACUCAUCUGUGAUAAACCAACCCCGAGCUGAGAACCAAACAAGUGUUGAGAAGUUGGCAAUACUUGCAAGUCAUUCUCUGAUAAACCAGCCUUAGGGACUGAGAACUAAAUACAUAGCAGCCCCACUCUAAUUCAUCUUUGAAAAACCAUGGGGAACAAGAAUUAAACUAACAAAAGUUGAGAACUAGGCAACCCUCGCUCUAAAUUGUGACGAACCAGAGCCCAUUGCGGACCAAUUCAUGAUUUCAUGAAUCGUGUACAUUCCUUGUAUAUACAUAGCUGAUGCAAUAACGGAUCUAAGAAUUUGCAGAAUACACUGUUCUGUGUCUAGGAACUUGCAGAAUAUACUGAUCUGUAACGCAAUAAGAACCACUGUUUUGUGAUAUAGUGUGCUUUUAUCAAAGACGUACGACCACCAAGACCAAAAUAACCAAAUGAUAAAUGAUUCCACACUAAAUAUAUUUCAUAAAUGUUAAUCAGCAAUUUUUAAUAAGGUUAUCUCACCAGCCUAUUACCUCCAUUUUAACGCAACCUGUCUAAUGGUAAUUAUAAGGUCUUCUCACAUUAUUGUUUUAUCAAGUAUUACCAAUUUGUGCCUUAAAUGUGCUUCCGUUUAUGAUAGUUUUAAUAUUUCGCUACAAGGAGUUUAUUGAUAUUCAUUACAAAAUUGUAUUAACGUUUUGUUUGAGAAUAAAAACACAAGUUGUAAAACCAUAAUGCUGCCUUAGUCAACCAAUAUUUGUUUCCCCUCUGAACUAUGAUGGUAUUUUAAAGGCAGUGGAUACUAUUGGUAAUUACUCAAUAUAAUUAUUGACA